AUGGACAAGAUCAGAGAGAAACUGACUCUUCUUCGCGCGGAGGCUGACGAGGCCGUCGCGCGCGCCGAGGAGGCGGAAGCGAAGAAUAAGCGGUUUGACCAGCAGCUGCUCGAGAAGGACCAAGAGAUCUCGUCGCUGCAGCACAGGCUAUCCGUGCUUGAGGAGGAGCUCGACUCGGCGGAGAAGAACGGUAAGGAGACCGUCGAGAAGUCGCGCGAUCUCGAUGUCAAGGUCGAGCACCUUGAGCGGCAACUCCAGCGCACUGAGCAGGAACGUGACGAUUGGGAGAGGAAGUAUGAGGAGGCGCAAGAGAAGUACCGCAUCUCCAAGGCGGAACUUGACGAGAUGGUGAAGAGCAUGGAGAGCUUGUAAGCCGGCGCUCUUAUCUGUGCACUCGAUACCCCCUCUCCCGGACUACACUGGACUAUCUCGUGCUCUAUAUGCCUCCUGUAUCUUCAGUCGAACUUCCGUUCCGAUCAGAUACCGGAUGAUGGUGAACGUCCAUGACAUGGUCGCCUGUUGUUUCGGAUUGAGCGGAGGGAAGGAUUGGGACGACCAGGCUUGGAUCGAAGCGGGCGCAGACUUCUGAUUACUACACUGAUAUUGUAUGGAAUAUCUUUCGAUCAACUUGUGAACGACUUGGACUAUAGACUCUGAUAAUGGAAGGCUUUGUUGCUU